AAUUUGUUUUUCUUUUUUUAUUUGCAGAGCUUUGGUCGUAUUUCUCUCAUCAGAGGAGGUCAAAGCCUUUCUCGAUGUGUAGGAUGUUUUCCAGCAAUUGGCUUAGCGCCAUCUCUCACAGACAUUUUUGGAGUGAGAUAUGCAUAUCAACCCAAAUCUAAACAGCAAAAGAAAAGUGAUUUGGUACCAAGUCACAGAAUUGGUGUCACAAAAAGUUGGGACUCACAACACACAGGUGCGUAAAAUUAUCUAAAAGGUGCCACUCAACUAAACAAGUGCAUAAAUGGGAUGUUACAGAUCUUUCAAACAAUGCCCGAAUGAACACGGUUCAGCUAAGAGAUCAAAGAAAAAUACAAAAAACCAUGAAAAAUUGAUCUGAAAAUUCCCAUAAAAAUCUGGUUCUUUACCCAACUAAGGGCGCUUUCCAUUUGUCAGAACUGGCCGGCCGGACAAGUCAAUUAGCAAAUGAAAUGGGCUUUCUCCAAAGGGUUUUGCUGAAAAACCAUCUCCUUCAUGCAUACUAUUUAGGAUUUGACUGAUCUGGUUGGAUAGUUUUGAUUGAAAGUGAAAUUCUCAUUACGACGGGAAUGGUCUGGCCCGUCAGUUCUGGCAAAUGGAAAGCGCCCUAAGUUUCCUUCCAUUUAAUCCUGUGAUGGUAACAGCUUUACCCCAAAUCUUUCCCAAUGAGUAGCCUGUGCACAGACACCCCCUCCCCUAAAAAAACCACAGUCUACCAAUGAAAUGAAGCCUGUUAAAUGCCUAGCAAAAGAAAAAAAACAGGGCGAGAAAAAAGAAAGAAGAGGGGAGGAGAAAAAAUGAAUGGUAAAUAUUGACAACUUCUGCUGCGUAAAACUUGAAAUUUUUCUUUCUGUACAUGCCCCAACUUCAAAAUCUGGUAUUUUGCAUCUGAACAGGAUUUUUCAUGAAAUGUUUGACCUAUACACGGCAUUUUGGGCAGUUUGUUUGAGUUUCCGUCUUUUUUCCUUACGAUUGUAGCAUAUAAUUUCCCAUCUUUCCUUUGUAACGUGGUGGUAGUUUAAUCAAGCCUUCGUAGCAGGCUCUUGGAAGCAAUGGGCGCAAGAAAGAACGGGACAAGCGAGGGAAACACGCGAGGAGUGAAGGAGCUCCCUCUCCCCUCGCGUGUAUCUCUCUCCCGCCGCGUUCUUUUCUGUGCCGUUACUUCCAAGCGCCUGCUACGCAGGCUAAGUUUAAUCUUACUUUUCUGUCCACAAAAUUUAUUAUUCAUUUAUUAUUUCUGGAAAAAAGUCACGCAUUAUAUAAAGUUAUUUUUGUUUUGCUUUCGCAGGAAGCCUAAAAGGAAGCUACUGGGCGUCUGAACGACUACUAGAUGACAUAAUGAUUCGCAAAUUUGUGGAAGGUGUUCUGCAUGACUUUUUGAAAUCUGAAGUUGUUAUCAAACGCAAAGCUAACCGUAUCAACCUGGUCUUCAUCGUGUCCAAGGAAGGAGAUCUCACAAAGUUUUAUUUCCUCGUUGGAUUUACUGAGAAGCUGCUAUCUGAACUGCUAGGUUGCGUGGUGAAAAUUGAACCACAAUCUGCCUUUUAG